ACAAAUAACAUUCUUCACCAACACCACACUACUCUACCAAUAUUUAUUCAAUUACUCUCAAUCUCACAUUACCUCAACCACAUCACUUCCUAUCUCAAUCCUUUCUCAACAUCACACACAAAACAAAAUGAUCCACCAAAAUACAAAAGCCAUGGUUCAUUUCCUACUACUAGCUUCAAUGAUAGUGUGGAAUGGAAUGGCAGAUUCAUCAAAAGACAAAGAUGAAUGCACAUCACAAAUUACAGGGCUAGCAUCAUGUCUCCCUUAUGUUGAAGGUGAAGGAAAAACACCAGCACCAGAUUGUUGUGAUGGUCUUAAGACACUGCUCAACACUAACAAAAAGUGUUUGUGUCUUAUUAUUAAGGAUCGUAAUGAUCCAGAUUUGGGUGGUAUACAAAUUAAUGUGACUUUGGCUUUGGGUCUUCCUACAGUUUGUAAUGCCCCUGCUAAUAUCUCAAAGUGUCCUGAGCUGCUGCACAUGGAUCCCAAAUCAGCAGAGGCUCAAGUUUUUUAUGGCUCCAGCAAUGUUGGUCCAGGGCCUGCACCUAGUCCUUCAGAUGGAGCAAGUCCUGAAGGCACAAGAAGUACAACACAGAAGAGUGAUGCAUUCAGCAAGAAGAAGGGAUUGUUUGGGUUAGACGUUUUGGGUAUUGGGCUUUUACUUUGGUGUUUAUUUGGCUCUACUGUUGGAAACUUUUACAUUUGGAUACCAAUGUGAAUAUUGAUUACUUUUUUCAAAAAGUGUUUACUUUUCUUGGUAUACAUACAUACCAUUGAAGUUAUCUUUUGUAAAAGUAUCACUAGUAUGGUGUAAUUUUUUUUUUAUGAAUAAUUAUUAAUUAUUAAAAGGCGAGCAAAUGGGAGCUAAAAUAUAAGGUUUAUUUAUUUUGUGAA